AUGGCUGCCCGCUGGAACGCGAAGAACCCGGGAGAAAUCCGCGAGCUGCAGCAGGAGGACUCCACAGACUUCAUUGCAGAAGCUAUGGAGGACGACCUAUUUGAGUUUGCGUUUGUUGUCAGGGGUCCCCCAGACACUGAGUUCGAGGGAGGCAUAUACCACGGGCGCAUCUUGCUGCCGGCUGACUACCCCUUCAAGCCGCCGAGCUUCAUGAUGCUCACGCCUAGCGGGCGCUUCCAGACCAACGUGAAGAUCUGCCUUUCCAUAUCGAGCCACCACCCGGAGCACUGGCAGCCUUCGUGGAGCGUGCGGACUGCUCUGACCGCGCUCAUCGCGUUCAUGCCGUCGCCCGGCGCGGGCGCCCUGGGAUCGCUGGACUACACCAAGGAGGAGCGGCAGCAGCUGGCGGUAAAGUCGCGGCAGCAAGCGCCCAGGGUGGGCUCUGCGGCGCGGCAGCGCGUGGUGGACGACCUGCACGGCCGCAUGCUGACGCUGGACGACAGAUCUCGCGCCGCAGCCGCCGCCAGAAGCGGGUCUGAGCGGGAGGCCCCGCAGGCGGCCCUGCGCCGCAUGAGGGCCGAGGUCGAGGCGGCGCACGGCAGCGGCAGCAGCGGCGAGGCGGGUGGGAGCGGCGAGGCAGGCGGCAGCGGCGAGGCGGGCAGGAGCCGCGGGUCAAGCGAUGGCGCGGUGCCCGACGCGCCAGCGCAGCGGUCAGGCGGUGUUAUGGACCAGGGAGCGUUGGCGCCCACGGCGGCGGUUGUGAAGGAUAAGGCACUGUACACAGACGAGGCGGACAGCGCAAGUGCGCAGGACGAGGCCGCGGGCUCUGACCAGCAGCAGCGCGCCACCGCGGCGCAGCGGCGGCGCCCCGGCCAAGGUGCUGCGGCGGCGGCAUCCGCGCCGGCCACUCGUGGCCAAUCCUUUGGCCGCGCGCCGCCGCAGGCGUCACCGGCGGCCGCUCGUGCCCAGCUGCUGGCGCUGCAGCAGCAGCAGCAGGCCGCGGCUGGUGAUCGGGGCCUGACACUGCUCGCGGUGCUGCUGAGCGUGGCCAUAGCCAUGAUGCUGCUCAAGAAGAUCGCCGCGGCCCUGGGCAGCGCUGGACGCGUGGACGCGCUCAUGCACUCCGCUUGA